CAGUUCGUAUUAGACGAGGGCAGACCAUGCAUGAACAAAGUAGGAGGCUAGUUGAAACUAGUUUUGUUUUUUCCAUUUAUCUAAAAUCGUAACGUUAUCACUUCUGAGAACGUUCAAACUUUCAUCAAAUCAGACCAAAUGGGACCUAGUGUGGUUGAUAACACUUAAUAGCGUUUUACCCUCCUACCCUUUCGACGUAUUCAUAUUUUUUGGGAAUUUUUACGGUUCGCUGUUGAACGCGUUGACCUGGCUUGGAGAGCAUGGCCAGUCCAGAACCGAAGCAAGCUGAGGCUGAGGGACCUUCAGUGCUGUGCGAGACCCCUUGUCCUGUGGACUUCUCUCAGUUCUCCCCUUCGAAAUUUGGCAUCUCCACCCAGAGUUUCACCCCGUCAUCUACGAAAAGCAAAGAUAAAUCCAAACUAUCCAAGACAAAGUCUCUGCGAAGGUCCUCCAUCGGUGCCCGGGGCUCUCCAGGGACCAAUAGCCUCAUCCACUUCAUGGCUCAGCACAGGGCGAAGACCCCUCCGGUUUUCAAAACCCCAGAGGCUUUCAAGAGGAGUCCCUUCCCAAUCAGAGUGUCGUCCACGCUUAAGCUGAAGAUGGCGUCUUUCCAGAGCCUAAUGGAUGUGGAGGAUGUGGAGGAGGGGGAACACUGUGAUCCAGGGGCCGGGCCAAAGCAGGAUCUGUCUGAUGGAGGUUUGGACAGCGAUAAGGAGAACUGCUCACCGAGGUCCGUACCGAGCAAGAGGAGGCGAGUGGUGGCCCCGGGGCUCUGUGUAUCUGAGAUUAGCGGGGCCAGCUCUCCUAUCUUACCACACUUCAGCGGCCAGGCACACCCAGAGGAAACGUCCUUUGAAGUCCAAAGCACCAGGACGCCUCCGCCGUCGGAGCUCGCGGAGCUGGUGGCGGUGGAUCUGCCGGCCCAGCGGGCGCCCUCCUUCCCCUCAUCGCCUUCCAGCCCGCCCCUGCUGGAGAUGAAGCCCUUCGUGGUGCCGUCGGAGGCAAACUCCACCCUGAAGAAGAACAAGAAGCAGGUGCGCUUCGGCGGGCCCCUGACCCCGGAGUUCUUCGACAAGAACCUGCCCCCCAGCACCCCUCUGCAGAAGGGCACCACGCCAGCGCGCGCCGAGCCCCCGACCCCCGGCCCGGGCCCGGGCUCUGGGCUGCGCUCGCUGCUCAAGACGCCCCAGCGGCCCGCGGGCUGGACGCCGCUGCCCCAGCCGGCCUUCUGCAGCCCCACCUUCGGGGCUUCGCCCACGCUCUCGUUCUCGCUGCAACGGGACGCACAGACACCGGAGAACGAUUGCGAGAAGAUUGUGUUCCCUUCCCUGGAGGAGACGGACUUGCCAUUUUUAACUGACGAAGAUGUGUUGGUGGUUCAGCCUUUGGACCUAAACCUGGCCUUCCAAGAGUCCCUCACAGAUGCCCCGUCAGGUGGUGCUGCUGCAGCAGAGCCCGGGGCCCCACCCGUGGAAGACCCUCAGGCCCCCCCAGAGGAGCCCCCACAAGCCCAUUUAGAAGGACCUGAACCAGAGACCGCUGUCGACGCCCCGGCCAGCUCCGACACACCAAUAAAAAAGGCAAGGUCAGAAGCAUUACCGCCUUCUGCGAGCCCUGCGCUGGUCAGCUGUGUGAGGCAGAAGAGAAAGCUACCGACGGAGAAGACUGAACCUGUGAGGCGGUCGUCGCGCUCCGCUGCCAAGUCGGGCUGCGGCAAGAUGCAGAAGGACCGUGGGUGGGGGUCCAAGGUGGUGGACCGCUCCCUGUACGGCCAUAGGGAGUACGCUUCCAAGAACCCGGCCCUCAGUCCCAUCAGAGAGGGCCUGAGGGGCCCCAGCCCCUCGCCCUCCCCGCAGUCGCCUGGCAGCCGGAGGCGGAGCAUAGUCACAGGCGAGGACCCGGCCUGUCCGUCCUCGCCCACCUCCGAGCCAGCGAUCACCAGCCUCCCUGCCCCUGGCGGGGCCUCUCCGGCUCAUCUCACCCAGAAAGAGGACACCACCAGCAGCAACACCACAACACCACCCUCAGACGCCCCAGCCGACGCCGCCAUCCCCGACCAAGAGGUCUCCAGCUCGGGGAGGAAGACGAAGAGGUCCAGCGGGCCGGCCAAGGAGCCGGCGCAGCGGCGGCGUAGGAAGGUCAGCGUCCCCGUGGAUGCCUGGCGCACGGAGGAGCCGCAGGAACAGCCGGAGGGCAAGGUGGACGGGCCUGGGAGCAGCGUAGCCGAGACCAUCGGUGGGGACGACGAUGCGCAGAGCGGCCAGCCUCUCGUCGAGGACGGAGAGAAGGCAGAAGAGGAACAAGAGCCAGGGAGCCACACUGUUGACCCCGCUCCCACUGCACCCUGUCCGCCUUCAGAGGGGGAAGCGGUGGGAGGAGCGGGGAGUCGCGAGGAGGAGGCGUCGGCCCUUGAGCCAACACGAGAAGAGGCCCCAGUUGAGCUGGCACCCUGGCAGAUGGCCUUUACACUUGAAGAUGUGUUCAAACGGGCGCCCGCAAAGGAGCAGCGCUCGGUCCGUCGGAGUCUGAGGAACCAGCGGAACAAGGAGGAACACUGUGGCAGCGGGGUCUCGGGGCUGGCCUGGCUACCCAAAAUCUCCCCGGAGUCACUCGGGGUGACCCGGCGCAAUGCCCGUCGGAAAAACCAGGGCCGGAGGGCCAGCGCUUCCCUGGUCCACAAGACCCCACUCAAACACUGAGGCCUAUUCCCCCACUGCCGGAGCUCCAUUAGUCCAUGAGGAACAUUUUUAUGGGUAUCCAUCCUUUCAAUGGAAAACUCCCCCUGUUUUUGCUGAAAUAAAGGCCAUUGCUACCCAAACCUA